AUGAAGCAAAUGUCCAACUUCACGAUCCCCACACACAGCAGCAGAAACCCCAUCGAGCACCUAUACACGCUCGAGCUGCUGUACUCACGCCUGCGCGAAAAAGGGCUCAAUGCUGAACAACCCUUCGUUCUCGCCCACUUCGUUGGUUCCCUCCCACCCGAGUACCAACAAGCGAAGUUCCUGUUGGAGACAGCAACGGCGCUGGAUAGGGCCGAGAUCGUCAGAAUCGUGAGCACGGUGCACGCGAGCCUUCCGGAGGGGAGGAAGGCCCCGAAGGGCCAGCGGAGGGCGGAGCACGCUCUCCUCGCGAGCGACCGUAGCGGUGGGGGAGGAGCGCCGGACCGCGGAAACGGCGGCCGCCGCAAGGGUGGCGGCGGCGGCGGCGGCGGCGGCACCCAGAAGGGGAGAGGGGGUGGCGCGAAGGCUGGAUUCCUGUUGGAGACAGCAACGGCGCUGGAUAGGGCCGAGAUCGUCAGAAUCGUGAGCACGGUGCACGCGAGCCUUCCGGAGAGGAGGAAGGCCCCGAAGGGCCAGCGGAGGGCGGAGCACGCUCUCCUCGCGAGCGACCGUAGCGGUGGGGGAGGAGCGCCGGACCGCGGAAACGGCGGCCGCCGCAAGGGUGGCGGCGGCGGCGGCGGCGGCGGCACCCAGAAGGGGAGAGGGGGUGGCGCGAAGGCUGGUGGCGGCGGCGGAGGCGGCGACGACGAUGCGGGUAGCAUGCGCGGUCGCUGUUUCCGGUGCGGCAAGAAGGGCCACCAGGUGGCCGACUGCACCGAGAGCAAGCCCGUGCGAUGUGAGACAUGCAAGGGCUACGGGCACGACAAGAGCAAGUGCCCGACCGAGGAGGCGGUGCUCGUGGUGGAAGUGCCGGCAGGAGGGGCGUCUGCGGAUGCCACAGCACUGGACGCGGCAGAAGAGGCGCUGGUGGUCGGUGACAUCUCAGGCGAGUGUCACACAGUCGUUGGUGGAGGGGGUGUGGAGCAGGCUAGGCGGGGUAGGUAUGUUGCCGAUACCGGCACUACCACCCACAUGUUCGCAAGCUCAAAUGGGUUCGUCCGAUAUCAGGAGUGUAAUCGACGUGUGCGCGUCGCCGCCGGAGAAAACUUUUUCCCCAUCGCUGGGUACGGCGACGUGACGGUCACCCUUAGCUCGCGCGACGGCACAACCGACCUGCUGUUGAAACGGGUUGCACACGUUCCCCGACUAGACUACAAGCUAGUCUUUCUCACUUCCCUCUUCGACGGUGGGUUCGAAACCAACACCCUCAAUAAACACGAGUUGGAGUUGGAGAGAGGGGCGGGGGAGUCGGUGUACUUCCCCCGAUGCGGUAACCUGUACGUCCAAAACCGUGUCCGCACACACACCGAACAUGCCUAUACCGCAAUUGUUUCUGGCAACGCGAAAGCGUCCAGCGCCCCCGUUGACGUCAACGAUUUCCACUGCACGCACGACCACUCCCACGAGGUGCUGCUGAGGACCACGGCGAAGCAGAAGGGGACAACGCUGGUGGGCAAGCUCCGGGAGUGCCUGGGGUGCUCGACGGCGAAGAGGCUUUCCAAGCCCAUCCCCAACAAGACGUCGACCAGAGCAGCAAAGAAACUGCAGCGAGUUUUCGCGGAUUUGAGCGGAAAAGCUAGGGUGGAGAGCUUGGGGGGGAAGCGGUACACUGUCAUUGUCUGGGAUGAAAACACAAGGUGGAACCAUGUCUAUUUCCUGAAGCACAAAUCAGACGCAGCUGAGGCAUUCGAGGCGAACCUUGCAGAAAACCGGGCAGACGGUGCCCCGUCCGAUGUCAUGGUUGUGAGAUCUGACAACGGAGGAGAGUUUUUUAGGAAGAGUUCGGCAGGGUGUGCCGGAAGUACUACAUCAAACAGGAGUUUACCCCCGUACACAGCCUAGAAUACAACGGCGUAGCUGAGAGAGCACUGGGUCUGAUCAAGGAUGCAGCACUAGCCGCCCGUAUCCAAGCGCCAACUCAUUACCCCGGAGCACCGAACUACCCCUCCCUUUGGGCCGAGGCCAUAGCUUGAGCAUGCAUCGCCCUGAACUGCACCUCCACCACGUCCAACUCCGAGAAGAAACCGCCGUACGAGAUGUGACACGGGCACCAUCCCCCGCCGGGGGCGACGUACCCGUUCCUCAAACCUGCCGCAUACAAGGUCAAGCGUACGCACAAGUCCGAGCCGAAAGCCAAAAAGUGUUUUUACCUCGGCCUGGGAAUCAACACCAACCGUGAUUGCGCGCGCAUCUGGAACGAAAAACGCCAAGCAAUCACAACUCGCACCUUCACCUGGCAAUCCGUACCCGCUUCCCCCACCGCCCUA